AUGGUUAUUCCACAAUUUUUUGCAGGUAAAUCAAUUUUGAUUACAGGUUGCACUGGAUUUGUAGGUAAGGUUUUGUUGGAGAAGAUCGUUCGUGACUUGCCCGAUGUCGUUUCCGUUUAUAUUGUUAUUAGAGGCAAUGCAAAGGAGCGUUUCGAAGAUGACAUCGUUGGAUCGCGUAUCUGGGAUGUGAUGCGUGAGCGUAUGGGUGCCGAGCAGUUCGAUCGUUACCUGCGUGGCAAAGUGUUCCCAAUUAGCGGUGACCUCCAGAAGGACCAAAUGGGUCUGUCGGCGGACGACUUGAAAACGGUGUGCGAGCGCGUCAACAUCAUCUUGCAUUGCGCAGCGUCCAUCGAUUUCCGUGAGCGUCUCGACAAGGCCAUCGAGUCGAAUCUCUACGGAACGUUGCACGCCUUCGAAGUGGCGAAGCGCCUGAAGAACCUGAUCGCUUUCGUUCACUGUUCCACUGCCUACGUGAAUUCCAACCGUGAGGGUUGGCUCGACGAGGAGUUGCCAGUGUUGGAUUUCAACCCGGAGGAGAUGGUCGAGUUGAUCAUGAAGCAGGAUGUCGCCAACAUCGACAAGAUCACACCAAACUUGCUCGGUGCCUACCCAAACACCUACACAUUCACCAAAGCCAUUACAGAGCGUAUCUUGGCGUUGAAGCGUGGUGAUAUUCCACUGUGUUUUGUGCGUCCAACCAUUAUUGGAGGUUCGUUGAAGGAGCCAGUCCCAGGUUGGGUCGACUCUGUCGCUGCGGUCGGUGCAGUCAUGCUCUAUUGUGGUGUCGGUCUAGUUCAAUUCAUGAAGGGAGAUGGACGUAUGGUUGCCGACAUCGUUCCAGUCGACAUGGUAGCCAACGCAAUGUUGGCAGUUGUUCCAUCGAUCGCCAACCAAAAUACAUUACAAAUUUAUCAAGUUGGUACAAGUCAUAGAAAUCCAGUUGCAUGGAAUACAGCAGCUCAUUAUGUUUCUGAGUACUGGCGUAAUCAUACACCAAAGAAGUCGAUUGCUAGAUCAUCUUUCAAUUUCCAUACCAAUAUUAUGAUGUACGAAGCACAUUUCUUUAUGAAGUACGGUAUUCCAUCGGUGUUGUUGUCACUGAUGUCGACACUCACCGGCAACGAAGAGACGAAAGCCAAGUCCGAGGCGUUCAAGAAAAUGACAAAGGCAGCACGUCUCAUUACAGAUACAUUCCAACAUUUCACAGGUCACGAAUGGGUAUUCUCUGUCACCACACUCGAAAAGAUCUUCCAGGAGGUCUUGGACGCAGAGGAUCGUGUUCGUUUCAAUUGCGACGCCGCCGAAAUCAACUGGCAAUCCUAUUUCUGCUAUUUCUGCUAUGGAUUGCACAAGUACGUCUUGAAGGAGGAGGGUGUUCGUCCACCAACUGAGCUGCUCAAUAAUUCGCUCAUCACCAAGUCCGACAUGAAUCAAUCCGGUCUGCUCCAAUGGAUUUUCGCUGAUGUCUCGUGGGCCUACACAUCGUAUCGUCACGUCACUCAGACUCCACUUCCACCACGUGCACCCGUGGAGAUCCGUUCACUCGUGAUGAACUCACCACGUGUCCAAAUGGCCAUGGAGAAGGUAUCGCGUGAGGAGGGUGUCCUCGUCUCGGAGAUCGAGAGACGUGCCGCUCAAAUCAUGGAUAGAAUGCAGUCGAAUCUCAACAUUGUUGUGGUUCGUGUCAUCGGUUGGUUCCUCAAGAAGGUAUGGCGUAAGCUCUACCAGGGAAUUCACGUCGACGAGAAAGGUAUCGAGCAGAUUCGUGCCGCCAUUCAAAAGUCGCCGGUCGUUCUCAUCCCCACCCACCGAUCGUACAUCGAUUUCCUCAUCAUCUCUUACAUCUUCUUUGAGUACAACCUCCCACUGCCACACAUUGCCGCCGGUGAGGAUUUCCUUGCUAUCAUUAUCGUGCGUUGGUUCUUUAGAAACGCCGGUGCUUUCUUCUUGCGUCGUUCGUUCCACGGUGACGCACUCUACUGGGCGAUCUUCUCUGAGUACGUCCAACGUCUGAUUAUCGACAAUCAGCCCGUUGAGUUCUUCAUUGAGGGUAAGCGUUCGCGUACCGGAAAGUCACUCUAUCCAAAGAUGGGAAUGUUGUCGAUGAUUGCCAAUCCAUUCUUUGAGAACAAGGUGCACGAUGUUCACGUUGCACCGAUCGGUAUCUCCUACGAGAAGGUUCUCGAGGGUGAGUUGUACUCGAAUGAGAUGAUGGGUGAGUCAAAGACAAAGGAGUCGUUCAACGGAUUGUUGCGUGCCACCAAGGUUCUCAAUAUGAACUGGGGACGUAUCAACGUUGUUUUCGCACAGCCAAUCUCGCUCAAACAGUACACCGACAACUUGACUCGCGAUAUGAGUUCGGUUCGUACCACUUUGCCACCAUCACCUCCAGCAGCCGUCGCCAGCAGCAGCUCGCCAAACAUCGCUCCACCAACCAGCGGAAACAUCAGUGAAGGUGACUUUGAGAACUUGUCUUCCAACGCCGGAAACACCAGACAACCCGGUGCAUCGUUCGAUGCUUUCAACAAUGCCGACGAUCGUAGAAUGUUGAUUCAGAAUCUUGGUUAUCAAAUUGUUGCCGAUCUUCAAAAGUCAGCGAUCGUCACCACAACAUCGGCUGUUGCCACCAUCCUUUUGACAUUCCGUCGUGGUAUCAGUCGUGACGAACUUAUCAGCAAGGUCGAAUGGUUGCGUGAAGAGAUCUUUGCUCGUGGAGGAGAUGUUGCUUUCGAGGGUCCAUCCGACGCACUCGUUGACCACUCCUUGAAGCUGCUGAGCAACUUGGUCACCAAGCGUAGAAACAUGUACGAACCAGCCGGAGGACAACACACUAUCAACUACAAAAAGAACAUUCUCGUACUCAAUUUCUAUAGAAAUCAAUUGCUCCAUCUUUUCUUAUGGGAUGGUUUGGUAUCAUGUGUAUUAUUGUCAUUAAGAAAUAGAUUAUCAGCAGCUACAGCAGGAUCAUCGGCAGCAUCAAAGGAACAAAACGAAUCGAUCGAUCAACAAUCACUCUUGCAGGAUGUUCGUUUCCUCUCAAAGAUCAUGUCCACAGAGUUUGUUAACAAACCGGGUAUGGUCACCGAUGAAUUCCUCAUGACUCAAAUCGAUAAGAUGGUUUCUCGUGGAUUGAUUGCACGUCAAGUCAACGGAGAGUCGAUUCGUUACAGCAUCAAGAACGAAGCGAUCGUUGGAUUCAUUGGAAAUCUAUUCUGUCCGAUCAUCGAGGGUUACAUGGUUGCUUUCCUAACAUUGUUCUCCAUCCAACCGGAGAUCACCAUCAAGAAGAAUCAGUUGCUCCAACGUAUGGGAUGGUUCGCCGAGAAGAUGUACGAGGAGGGCAGUCUCAACUACUACGAGUCGUGCUCGAUGGAGUUACUCACCAACGCCACUACGCUCGUCACCGAGAUGAAGGUAGUCCAAAAGAAGAAACACACCGAAGUCGUUGGUAAGCGUACCACCCGUCAGAACAACAAGAAGGAGCGUAAGCCAAGAAGAAGCGAACGUAACCAAGAGCCAGAGGAAUACAUCCAAUUGUUGCCUCCAUACCAAGAGAAAGAAGGACAGCUCCGUACAUUGGCCGAACGUCUCUCCAGCUUCAGAAAAACACUUCCAAUACGCCAUCAAGUUAGUGAUUUAAGAAGAGCAAUCGUUGAUGAUUUCCCAAUUCUUUCAAAACUUUAA